AUGUGGUUGCCCUGGGUGAAGACGCGCCCUUCAUCCACCUCCCCCUCCUCCGCCACCUCCACCUCUUCCUCCUCCACCGCGCUCAUCGCCGCCGCCUCACCGCGCCUGUCCUUCUCAUCUCCCUCACUCAAGGACCUCCAGGCGCUCCUCCUGUCCGACGCCGCGACGCCCUCCCCGCCGCCCGCCGCGACCUGCUCCCCCUCCUCCUCCUCCGUCCGCGUCUUUCACCGCGUCCGCGUCGCCGCCUCGGCCCUCCGCGCGCUCCGCACCCACCAGGCGCCGCUGUCCUCCGCCGGCGGCGCCGCCGCCGCCUCCGAGGCCGACCGCCGCGUCGUGCUCUACUUCACCUCGCUCCACGUGGUCCGCAGCACGUACGAGGACUGCCGCGCCGUGCGCGCCAUCCUGCGCGGGCUCCGCGUCGCCGUCGACGAGCGCGACCUCGCCAUGGACCCGCGCUACCUCCAGGAGCUCGCGGCGCUGCUCCCACGCCUCGCGUCCCCGCGGCGCAUCACGCUGCCCCAGGUCUUCGUCGGGGGCCGCCACCUCGGCGGCGCCGACGAGGUCCGGCGCCUCCACGAGGCCGGCGACCUCCGCCGCGUCGUGGCCGGCGCCGUCGCCGCCUCCCUCGCCGCCUGCGGCCGGUGCGGCGGCGAGCGGUACGUGCUCUGCGGCAGCUGCAACGGCAGCCACAAGCGGUACAGCGUGAAGGGCGGCGGCGGCUUCCGCACCUGCGCCGGAUGUAACGAGAACGGCCUCGUCCGUUGCCCCGACUGCUCGCCGCCGGACGUCUGA